AUGUUGAUCAUCUUUCUGAAGUAGAAUCUCCAUGGCCUGAACAUUUUCUGAAAAUCAUUUUAAGCAAAAUAUCAAUUUAAUAACAAGAUAACCUCAUCAAGAUGGUUGGAAAACUGAAGCAGAACUUACUAUUGGCCUGUCUGGUGAUUAGUUCUGUGACUGUAUUUUACUUGGGCCAGCAUGCCAUGGAAUGCCAUCACCGAAUAGAGGAACGUAGCCAACCAAUCAAAUUGGAGAGUACAAAGACCACUGUGCGAACCGGCCUAGACAUCAAAGCCAACAAAACCUUUGCCUAUCACAAAGAUAUGCCUUUAAUAUUUAUUGGAGGUGUGCCUCGGAGUGGAACCACACUCAUGAGAGCCAUGCUAGAUGCACACCCUGACAUUCGCUGUGGAGAGGAAACCAGGGUCAUUCCCCGAAUCCUGGCCCUGAAGCAGAUGUGGUCACGGUCGAGUAAAGAGAAAAUCCGCUUGGAUGAGGCUGGUGUCACUGAUGAUGUGCUGGAUUCCGCCAUGCAAGCCUUCUUACUAGAAAUUAUUGUUAAGCAUGGAGAGCCAGCCCCUUAUUUAUGUAAUAAAGAUCCCUUUGCCCUGAAAUCCUUAACUUACCUUGCUAGGUUAUUCCCCAAUGCCAAAUUCCUCCUUAUGGUUCGAGAUGGCCGGGCAUCAGUACAUUCAAUGAUUUCUCGAAAGGUUACUAUAGCUGGGUUUGACCUAAACAGCUAUAGGGACUGUUUGACCAAGUGGAAUCGUGCCAUAGAGACUAUGUAUAACCAGUGUAUGGAGGUUGGUUACAAGAAAUGCAUGUUAGUUCACUAUGAGCAACUUGUCUUACAUCCUGAACGGUGGAUGAGAACACUCUUAAAGUUCCUCCAUAUUCCAUGGAACCACUCAGUAUUGCACCAUGAAGAGAUGAUUGGGAAAGCUGGGGGAGUAUCUCUGUCAAAAGUGGAGAGAUCUACAGACCAAGUCAUCAAGCCAGUCAAUGUGGGAGCGCUAUCAAAAUGGGUUGGAAAAAUACCUCCAGAUGUCUUACAAGACAUGGCAGUGAUCGCACCCAUGCUUGCCAAACUUGGGUAUGACCCUUAUGCCAAUCCACCUAACUAUGGAAAACCUGAUCCCAAAAUCCUUGAAAACACUAGAAGGGUCUAUAAAGGAGAAUUUCAACUACCUGACUUUCUUAAAGAAAAACCCCAGACCGAGCAAGUGGAGUAGCGGAGCCAGAAUCCUCUUUCAUACAUGAGGAAAGACUGCUGCAUUUCCAAAGGAAGGGAAAUUUUAGGACUGGCUGUCUCCUGGCCAGAUCUCUCUGCUCCUUUGCCAGUCUCCUCCCACUGAGAGGGUGGAAAGGUCUGCACAAGUGGGGCCUGCCUGAGUGAUCUGCUUCCCGAGUAAAACGCUCUUGAUCCUAAUUACAUGCACAGCCCUGUGGAUAAGGAGCCCAGAGGGGACAUGUGCUUUCUGUUAAAACUGCUCUUGUCCUCAUCUUUUCUUACCAAAUUGCAAACUUUGUUUUCAAGGGGAGGGUUUAAAAAUGAGAUUCUGUAAACAAAACUGAGCAGUUUCAUUUUGGAAUAGGUUGUACACGUUCUAAUGUUUCGUAGAACACUUGUGCCUGUUUAAAUGUAUUGAUGUGGAUAUUAAAUAUCUUAAUUAUUUAAAUAA